GCGGUAAAGUGGGAAAGGCAGGAGGGAGCCUCAGCAUCUCCCAUCCCGUGGAUAACUUCAUCACAAAGGACCAGGGCGGCGCCCGCUGGCUCCUGGGGCGGCUGUUGCCGGGCAACAGAGACACUAUAUUGUCCCCUGUCACCUGUGCCCCUCGCCCAUUUGGUCACUGGCCGUGGUGGGAUCACUUGCCGUGGUGGGAUCACUGUGGUGGUGGACUCAUUUUGGCAGUUGGAUCGCUUUCGUGGUGGGAUCGCUAUUGGUGGUUGCAUCACUUUUGGUGGUAGGAUCGCUACUGGUGGUUGAACCACUUCUGGUGGUUGAACUGCUGUUGGUGGUUUUAUCACUUUCGGAACUUGGAUCUGUUUGGCGACUGGAUCACUUUCAUCACUCGGAUUGCUUUUGGCACUUGGAUCUGUUUGGUGACUGGAUCACUUUCUGUGGCAAGAAGGAGGAGGAGAAAGGCUGCUGGCUGCCCAUCCCUCUAACAUCAUCUCCAGACAGAAGAGCUCCCGUCUUCCCACAUCCAGUUCAGUGUUUUCGGGCAGAGCAGCAGUGAUGGCCACACGUGGACUGCUGGAGAUGCUGAACGCCGCCAUGGGGACACCCCAUUUGGGGGUUGUCGACUUGGUGGCACUGCACAAAUUGCUGGAGGCCAUCAUCGGGCAGCUGGGCCAGCAGGAGCUGUCUGUCCUGGAGCCAGGGCAGAGCCUGACCCCCGGCCUGGCAAAGGACCAGGACAGCAAGGCCCAGCCUGGCCAGGAGAAGGAGGAGGACGGAGCCCUGGGCACAGGGCAGCACCUCUGGAAACCAAAGAAGCAGCUGGAUGAGAAGGACACGCUGGACGGGACCGGGAGCAACUCCGAGGUCUCCUCCGUGGCCAAGGAGGCCAUGCCAAAAACAACGGAAGAGGAGGAGAGAGAUGUCUCCAAGAAAAGGGCUUCGCUCCAGGACCUGUGGGAGGAGAUCAGCAAGUUUAAGGAGGCGCAUUCUGGCCUGGAACAGGACGUGCGGGCCAUGCAGCAGGCCAUGCAGGAGGCGCAUUCUGGCCUGGAACAGGACAUCCAGGAAGUGAAGGAGGCACAUGUCGGUCUGGCAGAGGACAUGCAUGCCCUGCAGGAGGCGCAUUCCGGCCUGGCUGAGGACAUCCAGGAGAUCCAGGAGACGCUUGGCCUGGAGGGCGGUGGGGGCCAGUCUGCCCCCGCUGAGCCCACCCAGGUGGCCACGGACAGCCAGGCCAGGAGGAGCUCCACACUGGGGCCAAAGGGACGUGGGACACAGCCUGGGAUGGAGACCAGCAAGGGGACUGCAGGGUCUGGCUCCCCGAGGAUGCAAGCAGGGACACAGGGGCAACCAGCGACCCCUGUGAAGUUGUCAGGCGCUCCCUCCAUUCACACGAGGUCUAUUGAUGCCAGCGCCACCACCCCAGGGAUGCAGCCAGGAUCCCCGGGCACCCAGGCCAGCACCUCCCUGGGGACACAGCCAGGGGCCCCUGAUGCCCAGGCCAGCACCGCGGGGAUGCAGGCAGGAUCCCCGGCCACCCAGGCCACCACCCCUGGGGUGCAGCCUGGGUCCUCCAGCUCCAAAGCCACCAUCCCAGGGGAUGCCCAAGAGCCGGCCAAGCCCUGGGGCUCCACCAGCACCUCCAGCUACGAGUCGGAGAUGCGGGAGGUACUGUCACAGGUUGGGCAGCUCGGCCAGCUCUGCACUGGUCUGAAGGAACAGGUGGAGCAGCUUAAAUCUACCAAAGCAGAAAGCGCAGAUCUUGAGAACGUGCGCCGGCUCUUCCCAAAGGGAGGCCGGCAGAGCAUCACCAGCAUCCUGGCCGACCUCAGGUGCCAGGUGUCCUUCCUGCAGGACAUGACCAGGGCCCUCCACGGGGAGGAGGAGAAGAUCAGCAAGGUGGAGGAUGCUCCCAGAAAGACGAGGGGGUCUGGAGCUGGUAGGAAAGCAGACGGCGGCGGCAAGAUGACCCAACAGCCACGGCCCAAGGGACAGAAGGUCAAGGCAGAGCGCAAGGAGUUGGAGAAGCAGCAGGAGCCGACCCAGGCCGAGCUGGAGCAGUUUGCGGCCAAGUACGUGAAUAACUUGGUGAUGGAGACAGCACAGCAGCUGCAGGCAGAGCAGGUGGACGAGCUGAGGACGACGGCGCAGAGCGGGGGACACGAACACGCAGGGUGCCACGUCUGCAGCCCGGACACCAGGGUGCUGCUGGGGAAACUCCUCCAGCGCUGCAAGAAGCUCGAGGAGCAGGUGGAGUCCCUGGUCCAGAAGGCGGGCAGCAAGGUGGAGAGUCAUCCGAAGUGGAGGAGACAGUCCCUGCAGCAGGACGAGCAACUCAAGUGCCUCCAGGCCAGCAUCAUGCAGCUACAAAAGGACUAUGAGAAGUUGAGCUCGGCCCUUGCAAACCUCCAGCAGGAUCGCCAGGCUCUGUCCCAGGCCCUGGGGAGGCUGGAGAAGAAGCAAGCAGACAAGGAGCAGCUGCUGGUGCUGGGAAUCGAUGAGAAAGCAGACAAAGCUGCCCUGGCUGACAAAGUCAGUCGCAGCCAGCUUGAGGCGUGCGAGGAGCGGCUAAACAAGAUGAUGGAGGAGGUGACGAGCCGGGUGACGGGCCAGGAGAAGGGCUGGCACCAGUUCCAGCGAGAGCUGCAGAGACAGAUGGACUGCAAGCUGGACCGCCGGGAGCUGGGGGCGUUCCGGCAGCAGCAGGAGGAGCGGUGGAAGAGCCUCAGCGGGCAGCUCCAGGAGAAGGCGCUGCAGGCAGAGCGUGACGAUGCCGCUGGGAUUAGGAAGCAGCUGCUGCCCGGUUUCCAUUGCCUGUCCUGCGACCGGCCCCUCAACAUGCUGGCACCUGGACCGGAGCGGACGGGCGAGUGCAGAUACCCCACUGUUCCGCGGAGCUGCGGGGGCCAACACACCGUCACGCCCCCGCGCUUCCAGCCCCAACCGCCCAGCACCCCACGGCCAUCCAAACCCAGUGCCCGCAGCCCCAACAAGAAGGACGCGAUGCAGCUGUCGGGCCAGGACGGCACUGAUGGGAACCAGCAGGACGAGCAGCUCUCCGUGAUGGGGGGCUCUGAGCUGCCCACAAUGCCAAGGGCCACCCCAGAGACCUCGACCUCCAGGAACCGGCCAAGCACCCGCUCCUCGCUGAGAUCAGCCGUGCUGCAGCACCUACCGGUCUCGUCUCCCAGACGCUUCACCCUGGCACCGAAGCUGCUGCCCCCCAUCCAGCCCCCCCGCAAUGAAUCAAGCCCCUGACAGCCGGGCAGGACGGGGGUCCCGGCCCCGGUCCCACCGCCCCGGGCGCUGAGCAGGCAGCGGCUGCAAUAAAUGGCGAUGGGAAACCAAGCACCGGUGUGGUCUGAGUGGGGGUCCCUGGGGCAGGAUGGCAGAAAGCCCCGCUGUGUUUGCUUUUUCAGGAGAAAAAUAAGUGCUAAAAAGGCGCUUUGGGGGUGCCCAGGUGGAUCCAGUUGGUAUCCAGGCCCCCCCAGAAGGAGCACGGGGAGCAAACCAGUGGGCACCAGGGCAGAGCCAGCAGAGGCCCAUCCUGCCCCCGGGUGGGGCUGAGGUGUCCAUGGGCUUCAGAAACACCCCUGGGACUAACUGGGGGGACGGGGUGAGGGGGGAACCAGGGGGCUGUGCAAGAAGCCGGGCUGGCUGUCGGCAGCCGGAGGAGGGGAGCGCUUUGCGCUUUGCUCUGGGUCGGGGGAUCCAGCACUGGGGGGACGCAGCAGCUUCGUGCCCCGCCCCGGGGUGCCCACGGCCGCCAUGUCGCAGUGCUUUGCAGUCGCAGGAAAGCACCGGGCAGCUCUAGUUGAUGGACGCUCUGGUCAUGCCCACACCCCCCGGCUGACAGACGGGGCCCUCGUUUAAUGAAACGCCUCGGACCAGAGAAGCUUCUAGAGCACUGACCAUAUACGGGCCCAGCUCGGAUUCCCUUGGGCUUUAAAAGGAGCCUAUGGGAGCUU